AUGCAAGAGGAAGGUGUGCAAAUGAGAGCAGGCAAGUUGUUUCAAGCGAAGGGAGCAAAGAGAGAAAGACAAGAAGACAGAAAACGAACUGAUCGUCAUCAGGAAGGACCAGCGUGCGAUUCAAUCGAAAGGCUUCGCUCAAGGCGACUUGCGGCAAGCACGUUGGAGGACGAAGACGAGGACGAGGACGAGGACGAGGACGAGGACGAGGACGAGGACGAGGACGAGGACGAGGACGAGGACGAGGACGAGGACGAGGACGAGGACGAGGACGAGGACGAGGACGAGGACGAGGACGAGGACGAGGACGAGGACAAGGACAAGGACAAGGACUCUGGAAUGUGUCGACCCAACAGGGAGGAGGUGGAAGCGAAGGAGAAGGCUCCAUGA